AUCAACACCCACCCUCCGAACCCAGGAUUUACCCCUCCAACAGGUGCAUAAUUACCUAAAUUACACCUAUCAAACACACGCACACACGCCCUACCUGGAAAAUACCUACAUAUGAAACUCAUCUAUCCACAAACGAUCAUCCCCGCACUCUUCUGCCUCAUCUAAUUCAAAUUCUUCAGAACCCAUUCUCUCAAUAUACGGCAACAGCUAAGACUUUACAACCAAUCAACAAACAUAUCUAGUAUGAGCGGGGCCGAAACCUCUGUUGCAGAAUCCAUUGAAAUGGCUGGUGUGAAGGAGGCGGCUGUGGACAACUCGGACAAAAAUCAUGGCCUUAGGACUUGGAUUGACGAAAGCGGUUCUGGUCGAGGAAAGUUUGAGACUGUGCCCGGCUUGGAGAGCAAUUGUGGAAAUAAUGGCAAAGAGGGAGAACCCGACAUCACAGCCGGGCAGAAGAUGUUGGCGGCCUGUUCUGGGAGUUUGUUUACCAGCCUUCUAGGUAUCUUCUUCUUACCCGUAUCCUGCGUAGCAACUUUUUUUUUUUUUUCUAUGGCGCUGAUUGCUCGCUUGUCUAUAGUAACACCUCUGGAUGUCGUCCGGGUCCGCCUGCAAUCCCAACAGCCACCUUCUUCAAAGAAUGCAGCGGUAAAUUCCUCGUCUUCGACCUCACCCUUAAGAGCUCAUAAACUUCCUCUCACACCGUUACAAUUCCAGUCAAUGGCCCACUUAUCCGCACCGGAAUUAGGCGUAACCGCAUGUUGCCGGGAAGUUUUCUGGAUAAACAAUACUUCGGAGGCCUGUAUUGCCCCUACGUCUUCCCUAAGCGCAGGCACAAUCUUGAACGAUAGUUGCGUAGUUGAAGAGGCAUCCCGUCGUCGUUUCCAUGGAACCUGGGAGGGGUUGGUCAAGAUUGCAAGAUAUGAGGGGGUUUCUUCACUUUGGAGGGGUUUGAGUCCAACACUGCUCAUGGCAGUCCCCUCAAACGUUAUUUAUUUUACCGGAUAUGACACUCUGCGCACAUCUACCUGGUCGCCAUUUAACCACUUUGGCUCUUUUUGGGGACCUCUCAUUGCCGGGUCCGCAGCGAGAGCUAUCUCUGCUACUGCCAUUUCGCCAAUCGAGAUGUUCAAAACCAGACUACAGGCCGUAUCAAACACUCAUUUAAAUUCGUCCAAAGGAAUCUUCAGGGGUACCUUCGAUACCACCAAGGAUAUGGUGGCAAAAGAUGGCGUUAGAUCUCUCUGGCGUGGACUGGAAUUGACCCUCUGGCGCGACGUACCUUUCUCGGGAGUUUACUGGCUGGGAUAUGAAACCAUCAAGUCAUUCAUACGUUCUGAGAGAGAGCGAGAGUGGCAUUUGUCCUCCCUUCACUUCCGCCACCCCGCCAAACACCACGUUAAGAAAGACCUCCAUUCUGAGAGCACCUUCACAGACUCUUUUGUUGCCGGUGCAGUUUCAGGAUCAAUUGCAGCCUUCCUCACACAGCCUUUCGACGUCGGAAAGACUCGGCGUCAGAUCUCUGCACACGCUGGCAUCGAAACAAGGGGGGAUAUGCCGAGAGUUCUCUAUAACAUUUUCAAAGCCGAGGGAGCAUCCGGCCUCUGGAGAGGCUGCGUACCCAGAAUCCUGAAGGUUUCGCCCGCCUGUGCCAUUAUGGUAUGUUUUCCCCAUUACUAGCAUCCAUUCAUCCAUCCAUCCGUCUAAACAAUCACUAUCCCCUCCCUUUCUCUCUCAGCGCGAUGCGGGAAAUCUAACAUACGACUAGAUCUCAAGUUACGAAGUAGGCAAAAAGGCUGCUAGAAAAAUGAACCGAAAACGCGAGGUCUAAUCCCCUUUUUUUCCUUAUCGUGGUGUAUGAUUACAGGGAGGAUUUGUCGUUUCCUCUUCUUCCUUCUUCUAUGUGGGGUGCAUGGUCAACUCAACUUUCACCUCUUUUCUUCCCUGUUUUGUGGGAGAGUGUAUAGCUUUCUUUCUUCCUUUCCCCCCCUUGCCUUUUCCUUCUAAGCAUGCCGACCUGGCUUGGGAAUUUAGGGGUCUCUCCCUUUGUAUAAAACCCAGUGUUCUCUCAUUCUCAUCCCUAUUCUCUUCCCCCCUUUUUCUCUUUCUUUCUCCUCCAAGGCUCACGCUAGUUCGUUUUUUUUUCUUUUUUUCUUUUCACAAUUGUUAUCCUAUAGCGGUGGUGGUGUACGAUAUUCUGGAGAAAAAUAGAUCUGCCUUGGGUAUCUGUCGGCCCGGAUGUCAUAGCUCUAUACUUUUAAAAAUUAGAACGCUCAUAUCCUAACACAAUGUGCACGAGUAGGUGUUCGCCGUAUGGUAAGUGUCUGCGGUAGCCGCUACGAUAUUCGUGGGCCACGGAGCGCACAAUCGGCAGGUCGCAUAUGUGGGUAGGGAAGGACACUCACACUCCCUGCAGCUUGAAACAUGUGUGAAUAGGAAAAGUGCGAGUGAGGAGUUAUGAAGAGUAGUUCAUAAAGGAUUCACUGACCC